GAUGAAGCUCCACUUUCCACUUCUUCUUCUUCUUCUCUGUUUUAUUCUUCUUAGCUCCUCUUUGAUGGAUCCAGCCAUGGCUCAAGCUAAAUCAGGAUAUUGCAGUGACGAGUGUUCAACGAGGUGUGCAGUAGCAGGAGUCCAAGAUCGAUGCAUUGAGUAUUGUGGGAUAUGCUCUGAAGAGUGCAAGUGUGUGCCUUCUGGGAAUUAUGGCAACAAGCAUGAAUGCCCUUGCAACAAGAACAAGAAGGGCAAGCACAAGUGCCCUUGAACUGAACAAUUAUUUUGCCUGACAAUUUUGAUUAACAUGGUAGAAAAUGAAAUGCAGGAUAUUGUACAAGUGCUCAACGAGGUGUGCAGUAGAAGAAGUUCAAGAUCGAUGCAUCAAGUACUGUGGGAUAUGCUCUGUCUGAAGAGUGCCUUCUCAACAAGCAUGAAUGCCCUUGCAACAAGAACAUGAAGAAUAAGAUGGAUUAAUAAUGCCCAUUGCCAAUAUCUAUACAUUAUUAAUUAUGUUAUUAUCUUCCUAG